AUGACUCUUAAUCUACCAACUCAACCUCUUACUUUCUUAAAAGCUGUUGAAUUCUUUGGAGAAUAUGAAGAUGCAAUCCCAUUAAUUUCUGAUAUGAAGAAUGAUAUGAAAGAAUUUAUUCAAUUUGUAGAAGAAUCAUCAUGUGAUAGUUUUGAAGGUAUUACAACGUCUUUACAAAAAAUUACUGAUGACCUUUAUUCUAAUCUUGGAAGAAAUGUAAAUGCUUUUAAAGCUUUGUAUUAUGAAAAUAAUCAACAAAUGGAAAUUAUUCAUCGUUUAGCAUCCAAUUAUGUUCAUGGUCUAUUUCAUGUAAAAUUUUGGAUCAUUCUUACAAAAACAUGUUUUGCAAUUCAAGAUGCUUUACUCUAUUCUACUUGUCAAGCUUCAACAAUACAAAAUGAUUGUAUUGAAUAUUUAGCAAUGGCAAGUGAUGUGUUUUAUUCUAUUGAACAUGAUUUAUUAACACCAGAAGAAGUGUCAAAUGCAUUGAUUGGAUUUAUUAAUAAAAUUAAUAAUGAUGUACCUAUAAUUGCAAAUAGAAUAGAAACUAUUAAGAAAAUUAUUGUACUCUUAAAACCUAUUCAUCUUAUGUCAAUUUAUCAUUAUGUUGCAUUAACAAAUAAUAAUGAUGUGAUUAAUGUUUUAAAACAAAUAAUAGAUGACCUUUUAAUGAAUGGUCCUGUUAUUCAAUUUGUUCAAGAAAAUAUGGUUUGUUUAAUGGAUGAAGAAUAG